AUGGCUUUGCCGGCAAAUGCCCAAGAAGGUAGCGGCACAGCUGAAGGCAUAUAUUUAGAAAGUGAGAAAGACAGUGCUACUGUAUGUACUUGGCAAGCCAAGUUAAGAGGAUCAACGAACAAGUUUGUUGGCUAUGUUGGAUCAGUUGAGGAAGCCAUGACUGUAAUAAGACAAUAUGAACUGGAAACAACAACAAAAUUCUCUUGUUUUAAAUCAGACAAAAUGUUUGGUGCUGGAGGUAAGAUAAUUAUGAAGCAACAAAAUAAUUAUGCACUUAUCAACUGAAAGCCAACCCCCCCACCCCCGGGCCAAGGUGGGGGAACAAAGGGUGUUUGAUAAAAUUUGACAGCAUGUUUUGCCGUUGGGGACUGGGGAUUUCUCAAGAUUUGCCAUGUUUUAUUUUUCUCCUACAGGACUGUAGGUGGGGGCUUUAAAAGUUUAAGUGCCCCCUCAUGGGGGUUAAUCACCAUUGUAGUUGACAUGAAGUCAAAUCCCCACCCUGUCCUGGGGGUGGGGGAGGGGGGAUUUCAGUUGAUAAGUGCAUAAACAAUAAGUUGGUCAUAAAAAAAUUCUUGAAUCUGAUUGGUCAUCAGCAGCUAUGAUUUUAGCAGUGCAGUGUAACAUAAUAGGGUUAAGAAUGCUGGAGUAGAAUGUAGUGUAGCUUGCACACCAGAUUACAAUCAAAAGAUUAUAAUAAACAAUGCUGUGAUCUUAGAAAUUUUUCUUUUGUUUUGGGGGGGGGAAGAAAUAUGCUGGAGUAGAAUGUGCAUAUUCUAAACACAGUAGUAUUCAUGGCAUGAACAAUUUAUGAAUCAAAGACAUGAAAUACCGUAAAAUUCCGAAAAUAAGGCCCGGGGCUUAUAUUUUUCAAAAGCCCUUUUUGAGGGGCUUAUUUUUGGAGGGGCUUACAUGCGGGAGGGAAAUUUGCGUUUCAAAAUCGAUUGGGCUAGCCUUAUAGUUGGAGGUAAAUUUACCGUUUUUGCUUUGUUUUAUUUUGUAUUUGAGGGCAAUUUUCCAAGUAAAAGCCCCCCGGGGGCUUAUAUUUUGGAGGGGCGAUUUUACGGAGGGUUUUUUGCGUUACCAGUUUGGGGGGCUUAUAUUUGGAGGGGCUUAUACAUGGAGGGGCUUAUUUUCGGAAUUUUACGGUAUCUUUAAAUCUAUGGUUGACUGAGUACUAUCUGCAAAGGGUGCAUGUAAUACAUUGAGACAUUGGCUUGACUGUGGUGUAGGUUGUAUACCAGAUUACAAUCAAAAUUAUAAUAAACAAGGCUAUGCUCUAAGAAAAAAAAUUCGGGGAGCCCAAAACACUAACCCUUUGACAUUCUGGCUGCCCAGCAUAGUAAUUUUGGGCAAAAACUAAGAUUGCCUUCUUGCCGAAAGCAACAGUAAGUCACCAGGGGCCUCUGAGGACUGCUAGAGUCCAGCCGUAAUAAACAUAAUACAGACUUUCCUUGUUUCUAUGACACAGAUCCCUUUGCCAUGCAAAGAAAAGUCUAUUUCAAAGAUGACAAAAUUCCAUUUGAUGGAGUACCAUUCAGUAUAAUUGGCACCAAGGUAUUUGACUGCCAACAUGGACCAGACAGGAAAAAGUCAUUUAAAGCGAGACAUUCUGAAGAGAAGGUAUGUUGGUUAUGACUAAAAAAUAUCUGCAUUUUUAUUUCACAGCCACAGCCUUUUUGGUGCUUCUAGCACUAAACUGUAAGGAAUCUAUAAUAUUAAUCUUCUAACUACAGGUUGAUGAUCACUCAUUCAAAAGGAGGAGGUUUCUACCUCAAGACACAAUGAAGUUUGGCUGCCCUGCAAGUAUUCGUUUAUCAGAAGUCAUAAAGUUUGCAAUUACAAGGUACAAAACCACCAUCACAAUAGUGAUGAUAGCAAUUGACAUUAUACUUCCGCUCAGUAAAAUACUUCCCUUCAUUUCAUAUCUUAUUACUGUCUUUUAACUCUAUUAGAUCAGGGAUGACACAGAAAGACUAAGAAGGGACAUGUCCAAAAAGCUGAAGACUGAUAUAACCAGCGGACAGAAACCCCAAGUGGAACGCAGAAUUUAUAUCCAAUUACCAAAGGAGGAUGAACACAAAGAUCACAUUACUGGAGAGGUCUGUUGAUGUCAAUGGAAACAACUGGGACACUACCUUAACUUGAGAACAAUAAUAUUAACUUCUGUUUUUGGCUCUUUUUGUUUGAGUAAUAGUUGAAGGCUUAGGGAAAAACACUUUGAAUGGGUGGGACAAGAGUUAAGUCAUUUUCAUAUAAACCUUCUAGUUUUUCAUGUAUAAAUCAUUAUGGUAAUUAUAGUUUCGGACAGGUAUUACUUUCCUAUGAAAAGGCAAGAAGGCAUGUGAAAGAAAGUCAAGUCAGUCCUUCCACUCAAAGGCUAGGUCACAAAGUACAACAGGUGUAUGGGUGGCUACAUACUAUGUAGCCUCCCCGCAGACGUCCUUUGGGGUUCGUUUGUGAAUGCGUGACAAACGAACCCCAAAGGACGUCUGCGGGGAGGCUACAUGCUAUGUGGUGUUAACAAUCAUAGCCUAGGUCUGUAAAUGAAGUAAUGAUUUUGAAAAAAGGUCCAAGUAGUGUCUAGGACUUGUUACUUGUUGUUGCUAUUCUAUCCAAAUAAUUUGUUUUUUGAAUGUUGUUGUUGACAGAAGUGACAUUUCAUUCAUUACAUGUAAGUGUACAUUGUACCAGCAGUGCCUACAACUAUCAGCAUGGCUGUCAAAAUAUUUCUGUCAAAAAUGUAAUUCCAUUUUCAUUUUUCUCCUCAUGUAUCAAACAACCAGAUUGGUGGCAUCCUGCAGCCCAUCGACAAACGGCUUGUAGACAAGAUUGGAGAGCUUGUUGGCGAAGGUGUGAAAACUGUGGACAAAAUGAAAAGACAUCUUAGGCAAUUCGUAAAAACUGAACUAUUUCCAGGGCAAUCUCCACCAGCAUCAACAAACAGGAGCUAUUAUCCAACAGAUGUGGACAUCAGGAACCACAUGUAUCAGGCAUCAGUAAAAAAAAUCCUGUCCAAAUCUGAUCCGGAAAACCUUGAAAAGAAAAUUGAAAAUUGGUGUCAGGAGAACCCACAAGACUCUUUCUAUUUUAGACCCUGUACCCUAUCAGCCUCAUCAACAGCUUCUGAAAGCAUGAACAAUGAGGAAACAGAUCAAAAUUGUGUGUGA